GGACACCGCGUCCGCCGCGGUCCCUGGGAGUGUGGGCAGGGCUGCAGGGGCUUCCGCGAGCUCGGCCUCGCCCACCUCGGGAGGAAAAGCAGGGGAGGCCCCGGCGCCCGCCGGCCCAGGCGGUGGAGCGCAGAGCACGCCGCGCCGUCCGGUCGCCGCGCCGGCCAGCUUCGGGCGGCGGCGCCCUCCCUGCCGGGCGCACGCGACCGUCGAGCGGGAGCCUCGCGGCGGCCUCCAGCGCCCAGCCCCGGGGAAUGCGGCGGCCCCCGGCCUCUGGCGCCCCUCGGUGUCUUGGCUGGGCUUCCUCGCUCGUCUGCUCCGUGGCCUCGACGCUCCCGGGCCCCCCGAUGGCGGCGAAGUGGUUCAAGGAGUUCCCGCUGACUCUGAAGACCGCGUCGGAGCGCGCCAGGCCCGGGGGCGCCGGUGGCAAGCCGCGCAAGAACUCGGAGACCGGCGGCGCGGCGCCCACCCCGGGAAAGGGCCGCAAGAACUCGGCGGCCGAGAUGGGAGGCAGCAGGGCGGCCAGCGGCCCCCCCAAGGACAGCCGGUUGUCCCGGGACAGCCUGCAGGGUCUGAUCCAGGCCGCGGCAGGCAAAGGCCGUAAGAACUCCCGGGUCACCGCCGCCGCUACGGCCACCACCGCCGAGGAGGAGCCCCAUCGGGCUGCGGUGGCCAAGAGCACGGGCUGCAGCACCUAUAUCAGUAGGCUCAUCAAGGUGGACACGCAGGAGAAGAAUGGUAAGAGUGGCUACCCGGGCGGCGGCAGCACCAGUGGCUCCGGCAGCUCUUCUUCUUCCGCGUCCUCUUCCCCAUCCUCCCUGGGCCCCGAGCUGGACAAAGGCAAGAUAAUGAAACAGCAUGACAUGGUCAUCAUUUUAGAAGAUUAUGCUGACCCAUAUGAUGCCAAACGUACAAAAGGUCAAAGGGAUGCAGAGAGAAUGGGUGAAAAUGAUGGCUACAUGGAGCCCUACGAUGCACAGCAAAUGAUAACAGAAAUCAGACGCCGUGGCUCCAAAGACCCCCUGGUGAAAGCCCUGCAGCUACUGGAUGGCCCAUGUGAGCCAGGGGACACCAUGAAGGCAGAGGCCACAGCCAAGAGACGCAGCUCCAAGGACCUUCUGGGGAAGCCGCCACAGCUCUAUGACACCCCAUACGAGCCCUCAGAGGCCAGCCAGCGGGUGGCAGACAGCAGGCUGCCAGAGGAGGAUGACCGGCCUGCUGCCGAGUAUGAGCAGCCCUGGGAAUGGAAGAGGGAGCAGAUCGCACGAGCCCUGUCGGUCCAGUUUGAAGGAUCUGAUCGACCUCAAGGCAAAGAAGAGGCAGGGAGACAGUACCACUGGCAGAAGACCUUGAAACCAACCCUUUCAGAUCACGGUGAUGGGGAGAAGGUGGACCCAGGCCUGGCCCUGGAAAAGCAGCCUUGGUAUCAUGGCACCAUUUCCCGAGCUGAGGCUGAGAGCCGACUCCAGCCCUGCAAAGAAGCUGGUUACCUGGUCCGAAACAGUGAAUCAGGGAACAGUAGGUACUCCAUUGCACUGAAGACUAGUCAAGGGUGUGUCCACAUCAUAGUGGCUCAGACAAAAGACAACAGAUACACUCUGAAUCAGACCAGUGCUGUGUUUGAUAGCAUCCCUGAAGUGGUACACUAUUAUUCCAGCGCGAAGUUGCCUUUCAAAGGGGCAGAACACAUGACCCUACUCCACCCCGUGCACAAGCCUCAUUAAGGUCCAGCCAGCAAGAGCCCCGGCACCUGAAAGGGCAUCAGCACCCACCAUCGUCACGUGGAAAGGACUCUUCUACUGUAGACCAGGAGUCAGGCACUUAGAAGUCAAACAGUCUGUGGCCUUAGCUCCAGGGCACGUGGUUCUGAUCUGUUCUCCCUCUCCCUGCCAGGCAGCUCUGCUGUAUGAAACAUCACUUGCCCGUUGCCUUCUCUCUUGGAGUAGGAGUUCUGUUUGGGGUGAGACCCUUAGGAAAGGCAGGUCCAGAGCUCAGGAACUCUGAACUUGUGCCGGGGUGCCUGGCCUCUGGACCACAUGGGCUGGAAGAUCCUGCAGCAUGAGCUGCUCAUGGGGAAGUGGAUGGACAGUGGGAAAUGGGAACAAUGGACAGGAAAGCUGCCUUUCUCUGUGUCCUGCCACAGCUGUGGCCUUCACACAGAUCUACAGCCUGAGAACUACACUACAGGGCUGUGUGGUUGUCGGCCUUCCUGAGACUGGUAUUUGCUUUCUUGCUUUCUCUCAUUUUUUCAGAGUCAGUACUAUGAGCAAAAACUGGAGGAUCCCAGAUUAAAGUGUUACUGCCAUAAUCAAGCAAUGGCAUCUCUUACAUGAUUCUGAUUAUUACCAAGUGUACUCCAAAGAUUUGGUUUCCGAUUUUUAAAAAAACUUUACAGAGUUCAACGACUGUUUUGUUAUUGGAUAAUUACACAGCACUUCAGACAUCUUUUUUUUUUCUCUUUGUGCAUUUUAGUUGCAGGGAAUCAUCUUUAGGUUUUUUUACUAAAAUUAGAUUUGCUUUGUAAUUUUAGCAAAUUAAUAUUUACAACAAAAUUGGGAUCCAGUUGUAUGAACUGGAAAUAUCCCCCCUUAUGUACAGAACAAACCAAUGUUGUAUCUUACAGAAGCACUUUGAAAGACACUGAGGUGCUCUGUACUGCUCUAACGUGAUAUGUCAUUGUCUGUUUAUGCUUGUGAUCUGUCUGUUGUGGGCAGUCUCAUGGGAGUGGUGUGCCAUGGGUAGACAUGAUGGGUGGCGGGCUGAACCAGAACUGGAUGAACAUUUCUUGCUCAGGUUUGUAAACUGGGUCUCAAGACUGUUCCCGAGACAAUUCACUGACCAAGCUCGGGUGGAAAGUGAGUACUUGUCACUUCUUUCAGAUGCACAAGAAAUACUGACCUGGCCAGACUUCUUAGGAGAACACAGCUUCAUACUCAGCUUCCUCACUGUCUGAUGGACACAUGGGUAGACUUUUCUCCUGCUUCAGUGAAGAUCUUAGCCAAAGGGUUGUGUGAUAUUUUGCUUUUAAACGUUGAAAAGGACUUUUUCUCAGUGGAACAGUGUUCUUCACAGAGGCUGCUCUCACAGUACUGAUGGUUGUUUUGGCCCCCGUGUGUGUAGUACAGGGCAUUUCGUGUUAAAACUUUCAGUAGCCACAGUUCCAAUCCCAUCCAGCAAAUGUUUAUUAUCAUUUAUUACCUUCUAUAUGUGCAUUGUUCGCUGUGUUAAACCUGUUUCUAGGUCAUCAUUCUAGCCAUGGAGCCUUAUUUUUGGCUUAGCCUUCCUUACUCUUCAAAGGAAUGCUUUGAGAAUUAAUGCUAAGAGAAUUAUAAACGCUUCUGUGUGGCAGGAUUUGGGCCCACACCCAGCGACUCUGAUGAACGCAGGCCUGGCAUGUCAUUGUCACCCAGGCUUCUCCGUGUGCCCAGUGUGUUCCCUCUAUAUUUGCUUUACAUGACUGAAAAUGGAGGAAACAGUUUAUAUACAGUCUAGUCUUCACAGUAGGGGGGUGGGGGUUAUAAAAGGAAAAGUGUCAUACAUUAGUGGAAGGAGCAUGUUAAAGCUGCUGUUUUCUUCCUAGGUUGUGACACAGGAGACAGAAGCCAGGGAGCUCACAGCUGGGAGGUGGCAUAUGGUGCCCUAUGUUCUAAAACAGCAGGUCCCAGCAGAAAGUCCUAACCAUCACUGGUCAGCCUGGGCCAGCUGAGCGCGAGCUCUGAGGCUUGUCCUCCUAGCUCCAGAUGCUUGGGGUCCUUGUUAUUUACUCCUGGUAAACAUAUAUUUCUGUUAUCUUCAUUCCUUUGAAUUGAUUCUGUCUCCCAGAAAAAAAAAUUUUUUUUCUAGAAAAAUUGUCUUUUGGUGAACCCUCCAGAUGCCUUGAACAUCUGUAGCAUUUAUAGAGCUGUCCUUUUGUUCUUUAGAAACACUUCUUUUUAAAGACUGCUCUGUUCCAGGUCACUGACUUUGACAGGGAUCCCUGAGAACGGAGGGCACCUGUAAGUGGCAGAGGCAAGAGUUCAAAACUAGCUUGGGCAACAGAGUGAGAGUGUCUCCAAAAAGAAAACAGAAAGGCAAAUGAUUUCUCUAUUUUCUGUGGUAGCAUAGCAGUUUCUAUCAGGAUAUGUUUUAACAACUUCUGGUGGCACAGGCCAGCAGGAUAUGCUGAGCGGGUGGGGAUGGGAGGAUCCUGACUUUGAGCUUCCUCCUAGGUUCCACCUUAGGAGUAGAGAGACAUGGCUCAGAGGUUGAAAACACUUGCUGCUCUUCAGUUCCCAGCGCCCACAUGCCGCCCAGUUCCAGGGCCUCUGCCGCCCUCUUCUGGCAUAUAAGGGCCCGGACAUGUACAUGGUUCACACAUCUGUAUACAAACAUUCAUGCACAUAAACUCUUUUCUUAAACAUCUGUAUACAAACAUUCAUGCACAUAAACUCUUUUCUUAAACAUCUGUAUACAAACAUUCAUGCGCAUAAACUCUUUUCUUAAACUUGAAUACAGGAAUAGAAUACUGAGAUUUUAGGGCGUAUGCUCAAAGGUGGUAAAUACCCAAGUGUCCUUUCGGUUACUGAGAGAGUUUACUAUGCACCUAUAAGAACGGCCUUUAUCCUUGGCCAGUUAGAGUCUGCCUCUGCUGUGCUGGAGUUGAGUGCCUGGCCUCUGCCACAGGAAGGCAAGCUGGGCAGAGAGCCUGGCGGCAGAGGCGGCUUCUCCUAGAGCAGGUCCUACUUUAACAGUUCUUGUUUGUUGUUUGGGUUGUUACCAGUGUUCCCCCUCAGUGCCUCGCCUUUGCUAUUGGGCAGAUCUCAAUGUUUAAUUCAAGAACAAAUGUUAGACCCUAAUCGCUUAUUAAAUGAGUCUGUCCCUUCUGCUAAUGCCCUUUUAAGUUAGCAGUUAAUGUCUUAUUUUUCCUUGCCUCUGUCAAGAAGCCAGUGCAUUCUAGACUUCAUGCCUCCUCUACAUGCUUGAUACUGGGAUUUCACUGAUCCCUUCUUGGACCUCACGACCGUUGGUUGUCUUUCUGUCUUCUGUAGCCAGCUCCAGUUCAGCCUUAAACUCCCAUAAAAUCGCUCUUCUCAUUGCCACUUCUCAGGUCCCACUAACUUAGCCUUGGAGAAAUUUGACCAGCUGUGAGCCUUUCCUUAAUUUAGCCUCCCUUCUUGGCCGAGCCUAUGUAAUGAAAGAUGGUGUGCUACUGCCAUCUACUGAGACAAGAAAAAACUGCAGUUGAGAAGUAAGGUGCACAUUUCAGGUAGUUUGUCUAAAGGAUUUCUGACAUAGUCCAUAAAUGAAAAUAAACAAUGCCACAGCAGUUGCUUUUUUUAAGUGUGCCAUUUCCCACAUAAAUGGUGGUUUGACUCCUAGUAUGACAAUCACCAUGAGGCCCUGGACCCAGGCUGGGUCAUAUAGUUCACAAUAUUAAUUCUGUUUUUGAAGACUGUGCUGUCAACGCAUCAUUGUCAAGUUAAUAGCUGUUCCAUGUGUUCUCAGGAGGAUUUGACAUUUUAAAUAUCAAUUAAUAUGUUGUUUUAACUUUUUUGAAAUAUUUCAGAGAGUGUAAUGCAGGUGCCUUGGCAAAUCCUAUUGUAGCAUACAUUUUUGGUCCUCUUUCACUGGCCAGUGUAGCUGUGUGCUUUCCGGAAGAUGGUUAACUCUGAAAUGUUACUUUCAAUAAAUGCUUUGCCAGGAAAA